ACUACCGCACCGUGGACGUGCCGGAGUGGUUAUCGGGCAUGACUAGAAAUCAUGUGGGCUCUGCCCGCGCAGGUUCGAAUCCUGCCGUUCACGUUUCUCAAAAUUUGGAUAUGCAUUUUUAAUUGUAAUGUAGUUUUACAUUAGAAUUUUGCAAUGUUGAAUAAGUUUGAAACCUCCUCUAUCUUCCUUUUUUUUUUUUUUGGGUAAUAAAUUGUUUGUUUGUGUUUUUUUGGAUUUCCAUCUUUCAUUUCUAAAUAUUUUGGUUGGUUAAUGCUAAACCCAAACCGAUGCAAGACUCUGAAACAACUCCACCAACUCCAUGCCAACUCCAUCAUCACUGGCCUCUUCUUCUCUUCUCCUAACAUUCCCAACUUGUUCCUCCAUUCCUUCAUCUCCCUUAUCCCCACAACCCCUUCUUCUUCUUCUUCAUUACUCUCUUAUGCUCUCUUUCUGUUCAAUCUCAUACCAAACCCAUCAACCUUCUCCUUCAACAAUAUCAUUAGAGCUCACUCCCUCCUUUCCUCCUCCUCCUCCUCCCCUCUCCUCCUCUUCUCCCGUAUGCGCCACCUCUCCCUCUCUCCCGACUUCCACACCUUCCCUUUCCUCCUCAAGGCUUCUUCCCAACUCGGCAUUUCUGUCGCCCAUGUUCUUCAUUCCCAAGCUCUCAAGUUCGGAUUCGCUGCUCAUCUCUUUUUUAGGAAUACCCUCAUCCGGGUUUACUCUGUUUCUGGCCGAUUGGACCAUGCACGCCAGGUGUUUGAUGAGACUGAACAGAGAGAUGUUGUAACUUAUAAUGUGUUGAUUGAUGUGUUGGUAAAAGCCGGUGAUAUGUUGGGAGCUCGCGAGGUGUUUGAUGCAAUGUCUGUGCGAGAUAGAAUCUCGUGGGGCACCAUCUUAGCUGGGUAUGCUGGGACUAGUCAGUGUGAUGAAACUAUUCGUCUAUUUGAUCAGAUGAUGGGGUUGGAACUUCAACCUGAUAGUGUAGCUUUGGCUUCGGCUCUUUCUGCUUGUGCACAGCUGGGGGAUAUGGAACGAGGCAAGAAUAUCCAUGAUUACAUUCGACAAAAUGGGAUUCCGUUGAACUCUUUUUUAGCCACCGGAUUGGUGGACUUUUAUGCAAAAUGUGGCUGCAUUGAGAUUGCAAUGGAGGUCUUCGAUUCAAGUACAAGCAAGAAUUUAUUCACUUGGAAUGCUAUGCUUGUUGGGCUUGCCAUGCAUGGACGGGGCCAGCUUUGUCUACACUACUUCUCUAGAAUGAUGGAGGCAAGAGUUCAACCCGAUGGAGUGAGCUUUUUGGGAGUUCUAGUGGGUUGCAGCCAUGCAGGUCUAGUUAACAAAGCCCAGAAGCUUUUCGACGAGAUGGAAUCCGUUUAUGGGGUUCAUCGAGAGCUGAAGCAUUACGGUUGCAUGGUGGAUUUGCUUGGGAGGGCUGGUUUGAUAAAGGAAGCAAUGGAGAUGAUAAGGAGUAUGCCAAUGGGAGGCGAUGUUUAUGUGUGGGGUGGUUUGCUUGGAGGGUGCAGAAUUCAUGGGAAUGUUGAGAUUGCAAAAGAAGCAGCUGAGAAUGUGAUGCAGAUUAAGCCAGACGACGGUGGUGUGUAUUCGAUCAUGGCGAACGUCUAUGCCAAUGCAGAGCAAUGGGAUGAUGUAGAAAACAUGAGGAGGUCAUUGGGUGAUAAUAAGAGGGUGAUCAAGAAGAACGCUGGUUGUAGUUUGAUAAGAUUGGACGGUAUUACACAUGAAUUUGUUGCUGGGGAUAGUUUACAUGCCCAAACUGAUGAAAUAUAUUUCAUUUUGAAUAGAAUAGAAAAGCAUCAAUUUGAAGCAUACUAAUCAAAAUGAUCAUGUUUGCCACUCAAUAUUACUUUGGAAAGGACUAGAAGACUAGAAGAUACGACUAUUUUUAGUCAAUAGUAUUAUUGAAUUUUAUAACAUUAAAACGUUGAAAAAGAAAAUUUCUUGUAUUUUUGAUGGCCAAAAACAAGGACUUACAUGUCUUUGCAAUUCAUAGAGAAAAUACAGAAAUUGAUCAAUCUCAGGUUGUUUUAUCAUUCUGAAUCCCCCAAUUUUCAAAAUAGUUUCUCCCAAAGCUGUGAAAACAAUGAAGCAGCUGAGCAAUCCAAUAAAAUUUAGAGGCCCGUUUCUAGUUAAAAAGGAUAAGGAUGAAUGUUAUAUUGAGACAGAAUGACGUGUAAGUUCAUGAGAGUUCUAGGGCGUUACCAAAGCCUUUCUCCAUGUGACAUGUGUCUCCUUUUACU